ACAGAUGAGUGUGGUGUGCCUGGUGAGUCUGGGAGCAGUGAGACGGGGGAAGGGGGCUCUUAGGAUGUGAUUCAGACUCUGUCAAAGCCAACAGGGCUGAUGAGGAGGGAACAGAACCGAGGAGAACAGGGGUGGAGUGGAGGAAAGAAAACCCGGCCCCUCUUACGCCACCCCAACUCCAGGCAUUCAGUGUCAGCAAAAAUCUUAAUGUGAUCAAGAUGGAAGCUUUGUAUGGACGCCUCACUGUUUCCCGGCUUACUGCCUGCCUUUGAGGGCAUCUCUCUGUCCAUUCUUCGGCAGUCGGGCUCACUGCAACUUAUGAGGAUUCAAAAACUGUCAAAAACACGCUAACUGAGAGUAAGGUUAGCGAUCAUGGAAAAUAAGUGUCAAGUCAACAAGAUGGGAGUGGACUCAUGAAUCCCAUAAGUGGAUGGAUUGCUUUGACAUGAAUGGAAAAAGGAAAAUCAGCAGAUCUGCUUCUCCAUUUGUGUCUGGUCUGAAACAGGACUCUAUGGAAUAGCACUGGGUAUCCAUCAUGCCAGUAGCUAUACGGAAACGAAGUUGGGAGGAGCAUGUUACCCAUCGGUCAGGAUUGCAGUAUAGCUAUGAUGACCUGGAUCUGGUCUGCUGCCAUGGUGUUGGUACUGAGGGGUCUUGGAUGGGCUCAGGGAGUUCAAAGCAAGGCCAACGGACAAGAUGUUUCUCUAUGCCAGAGUGCUGUCACCAACUACCCACAUAUGACCUGGCUCAGGCAUUGGAGUGGACAACUUCUGUAGAAUCAAAACAUUUGGAAAUAGUGGGAGGCAACGCAAAAGUGAUGCUGGAUUUUCAGGAGAAGUCAGUAGAUGGUUCACAAGUGGCUUUGGAUGACGAACACCUUCUAAGGUCAUCUCAAUCUGGACAUCUCCAAGACUCUGAAGACUCUCACUGUUGCUCAAAUGGUGGCACAUCUCAUGUAAAUAUAGCUUCUACAGAUUAUAGCAGCAGAAAUAUUGCCAAAACUAUUGACAGUAAAAGUAAGGAUGGUACAGAGAGUAGCAAGAAUAAUGACAUAUUUGAUGAUGAUAACGUUUUUACCAGUGUGCAUAUGUCUGGCAAAGAACAAUGCACCUCUAUCUAUCCAGACAAUGGGCCUCCACUGUCAGACUCCACUGGUAAACAGUCUGGCAAGUGUCCAAAGUCACAAGGAACAAUGGAGAGCCCUAGAGAUGGUCACAGUAGCUCUCUGGAGCCCUCCGAGGCCAUACCAACUCAACUAGAGCCUCACACAGUCCUUGCACAAAACGAAAUUUCCACCACAGGACAUGGUGAGACAAGCGGAACCUUACCUGCUGGUGCAGUGGACUGCUCCUUUAACUUGAUGAAGAACGAUGGUGUAAUGUCAAAGACUAACAAUGUGGUGGAGCUGACUGUUACCGUCAUGGUGGAAGAGGAACAUAACAAUGGAGAAAUUGAAUGUAGGAGGGCGGAUCCUGCUGAUGAGUUUGGAGAAUUAAAUGACACCAAAACACUAAAUGAAAAUAAGGAAUCAAACCUUGACUCACAGGACAUCAAGCAAGAUCAUCAGCGCAGUGUUGAGUUGCUGAAUCAGGGAGAUGAAGAAUCCAAACAGCCAGUAUUAGAUCAAAACAAUGCUGACAUGCCAGUGAUAAACCAGGUCCAAGGAGAGGAAAGGGCUCAUACAAGAAAUAACAAGAUGGCAUCAGAAAAAAGAACUUAUGAGGCAACGUCAUUGUCUGGCAUGUGGCUCGAAAGUCAAUGCUCUUCCCAGGAAAUUGAUAUUGGAAAUUCUGAACUGGACCAAAUACAAGAGUUUACAAACACUGUACAGUAUAAUGGCCAAAAUAUGGGACUGCAAACUUUUAUAAGUCAGCCCAUGGAAAAUAUUAAUGGAAGUAAAAUGUCCACAGACUUGAGUUCUUCUGAUGUUCUAACCACAAGUUGCCAGGGACUGCUAGAAAAUGGCUGUUCAAUAUUAGACACCAUUCAUGAGGUGAACCUCUCUGAGGCUGAUGAUGGCCUUCUACUGCAGACACAAAAUCACAGUACCUCGGAUUGUGCCCACACUUCAGUGCUUCAUGUCUACAGUGUUGCCCAUGAAAAUAAUUUCACUAAACAACAGAACCAAAAGAAGCCAUCGUGCGCUCCAGACGUCAAUGAUGAGCUCUCGCUAGAGAGACAUGAUGGCCACCAAGCCGCUUGUUACUCAGGUGAGUCAUCUGCCUCUCUUCUGGAAGAUGGUCAGAAGGAACACCAAAGACCAGGAGCCACAUCAUCUAAACUGGAACUGAAGGAGGAGGCAGCACAGACAUUUAUUUACAAUGAAACUCACGCCAAUCCAGAUUUAGAUGGGACAAGUGACCUUGGAGAUCAAAAUGAGAGCAUUACAGUGAAACUGCGUGUGAAAAAGCAUGAGAAUUCUCGUCUGGACUCCAUGGUUCUGCUGCUGAUGAAACUCGACCAGUUGGACCAGGAGAUUGAGAAUGCCCUCAGCGCUACUUCCUCCAUGGACAGCACCCCAACUCCGCACAGACGACAACUUUUGGACAUGGAUUUGGGAUCUAUACUGGGGGUCGAAGCCUCUCUAGAUACUUACCCUCCACAUCAACAUAAUGUUCCUGUUACUAUGAUCUCCAGCUCUGAACCUCCACCAGCGCUGGGAGCCAAACCUAAGAGUGGGACCAUUUCCACCAUUCCUGAGAAAGAAAAAUCAGAGAUAGAAGCCAAAGAGGCCUGCACCUGGCUACGGGCAGCAGGGUUCCCACAGUAUGCCCAGCUCUAUGAAGAUGCGCAAUUUCCAAUCGACAUCUCUUCAGUCACUAGAGAUCAUGACUUUUUGGACCGGGAUGCUAUCGAGGCUCUUUGCAGGCGACUCAACACCCUCAAUAAGUGUGCUCUAAUGAGACUUGAAAUAUCGCCACAAAGAAAAAGAAGUGAGGACUCAGAUGAGGAUGAACCUUGCGCCAUCAGUGGCCGUUGGACUUUCCAGAGGGACAGCAAACGUUGGUCCCGUAUGGAUGAGCUGGAGGUCUUUUCCUCCCUGCACACGGAGGCCUCCCAACCCUCCUUCCCUCAGCAGCAGGGCUCCCAAGCAGGCAAGCUCACCCUCUGCGAAGGCCACAGUUCAGAGAGUGUGCUGACUGAUGUCAGCGAACAGCCCGAAGUUGGUUCCAUCCACAGUAGUGGAAGUGGAGACAAAGGAGAGGAGAAGAGCCAAGGUGGUGCCUUGGUAAGCCACACUAUUCCGGCUGGAGCUACCCGGGCCAGUUCCAUGGCCAGCAUGUGUUCCUCAUCAGGCACAGGCGGGUCUGGAUGUGCCAAUGAGGAUUCUCUGUCUGAUGGGUUGCCUCCAUCUCCCCUGGAGACACUUGGACAGUUUACAUUUGACGUUAAAAUAGGAGUUGGGGGAGUCGGAGGAAGUUUGGAUAGAGGAGUUGGUGACGGCAAAAGCACACGUUCGCGAGCUAAGAGCUUCUUGAAGAGGAUGGAGAGUCUGCGAAUACGCAGCAGCUCGACCUCCAAGAGAAAGAAGAAGCUGAGCACCACUGGUGGGAAGCUGGAAAUCAGCGGUCCUGUGGUAAGAGAGGGUCUUGAUGAUGACAAAUUGCGCAGACUUAACUGUGUAGAUAUCUCCAACAUAAAUCUCAACCACCAUCAGAACCCAGGCCAGACAAUGACACUCAAUCGGAACCGCUCUGUGUCGUACUCAACACAGACCAGCAAUGGCAGCACUGGCAGUACUGGCAGCAGCCAAUCUGAAGCCAGCAGUGGUAGUGCGGUUAGCACACCCAGCCCAGUAACCCGUGCCCGCAGCCAUAGCACAGUGGCAGGAUCCAGUAAGAGGGGAGGGAUGUAUUUGGAAGGUUUUGAUCCAUUAAGCAUCAUCCAAAAUGCUACCAACCAACAGCUAACAUCCCAACCCAAGUCUGCCCCGCCCAUCCCUUGCCAGCAGAACCGCCGGAACAACUGCAGUAUUCAAGACAAUACCCGACAAGCAGAAGAAGAAGAUGAGGAGGAAGAGGAUAUGAUCUUAUUCUACUUACCUGAGGGUCACAAGCCUGGAACUUUUCCCAAGGCUCUGCAGGACGGAAACACACGCAACAAAAAUGGGAGUAAUCAUGGGAACUCAGUUAUCCUCAGGGGGCACCAAAAUAGACGACAUCGCCGUGGCUCUGCAGGCUCUGUAGACAGCCGCCUCAGUUUUUACGACAACGUGCCCUACACUGGAAGAGAAGAGGAGGAGGAAGAGGAUGAGGGGGGAGAUGAGCACAAACUGGAAGAGGUGCUGCAGCAUGUCAGUGGCCUGCAGCGUUUCGUUAAUGCCUGGUCAGAGGCUGUGGAUGGUGAAGAGGAAGAAGAUGAAGAGGAGGAAGGAGACUCUGAUUCAGCAUUGGACUCAGCCUCCCCAUGCCCAUCCUCUCCCCUGCAGAACCGACUAGAGGAGAAUGGCAGUGACCAGGACAGCACGGGAAACCCCCUGGGUGAGGGGGAGGAGGGCAUGAGGGAGAGAAGAGACUCAGGGGUGGGAGCAUCUCUAACACGCACCAACAGGCCUCAGAAGCUCCGUUGGCCCAGCUUCCAGAACUCCCAUCGGCCCAGCCUGGCCUCAGCCCAGCUCCAGAUUGGCUGCCAGUCAGUGCUACAGAUGAACCUACUGCAGAAGUUCUCCCUGCUGCAGCUUACUGCCCUUCUCGAGAGACACACCCCCACAAACAAACAUGGCUUCAGCUGGGCUGUGCCCAAGUUUAUGAAGCGAACCAAGGUGCGAGACUACAAAGACAGGAAUGUGUUUGGUGUGCCACUGCAAGUCAUCGUCCAGCGAACGGGCCAACCCCUCCCCCAGGGAAUACAGCAGGCCAUGCGCUACUUACGUAACCAGUGCCUAGACCAGGUGGGUCUAUUUAGGAAAUCGGGGGUUAAAUCACGCAUACAGGCUCUCCGCCAAAUGAACGAGGCUUGUGGUGCUGAUGGAGGAGGUAUUAACUACGAGGGCCAAUCAGCUUACGAUGUUGCCGACAUGCUAAAGCAGUACUUCAGAGACCUCCCAGAGCCCCUGCUCACAAGCAAACUUUCCGAGACCUUCAUCCAGAUAUACCAGUAUAUGCCCAAGGAGUUGCGUCUGCAGGCGGCGCGAGCGGCUGUGCUGCUGCUCCCCGAUGAGAACCGUGAGGCCCUGCAGAUGCUGCUGUGCCUGCUGAGUGAUGUCACAGCCUGCGUGUCUGAAAACCAAAUGACGCCUACCAACUUGGCUGUCUGCCUGGCCCCGUCCCUCUUUCACCUAAACACUCUGCGCCGCAAGGAAAGCUCCUCACCACGGGUGAUAAACAGGAAGCAGACCCUCGGAAAGCCAGACCAGAGGGACUUGAAUGAGAACCUGGCUGCCACACAUGGCCUGGCACAUAUGAUCCAGGAAUGCAGGAAACUCUUCCGGAUACCAGAGGAAAUGAGCCGCUGCAGGAAUUCAUAUGUGGAGCAGGCUCUGCUCCCACAACGUCUGGAAGAGCUUGGAGAAGAUGAGGCUGGCCCGGGAGGCUACAGGACAUACCUACGAGACAACCUGGAGGCCCUGUUCAAGGAGGCCAAGGACAAGUUUAAAGGUUACGACAGCUGUUCGACCCCUGAGCAUGCUGAGCUGGCCUAUAGGAAGAUGCAUGAUGGCUCUCCACUGCGGCUGUGGAAGGUGACUGUAGAAGUUCCUGCAAGUCCGGAGGAGGUUCUCACACGUGUUCUGCGGGAGCAGGCCCGCUGGGAUGAGGAUCUGCUGGAGAGCCGGGUGGUAGAGACCCUGGAUGAGAGGACUGAGGUCUACCAGUAUGUUAGAAACACCAUGGCCCCACAUCCUACCAGAGACCACCUGGUGCUUAGGACAUGGGUAUCCGAUCUACCGAAGGGAGCAUGUGCACUGGUAUGUACAUCUGUUGAUCAUGAAGGUGCGCCAGUGCUGGGCGUGCGGGCAAACGUCCUAACAUCACGUUACUUCAUUGAUCCUUGCGGAGCCAACAAGUCUCGCCUCACAUACAUCUCCAGGACUGAUUUCAGGGGUCGUUUUCCAGAAUGGUACAAUAAGCUCUAUGGACAUCUGUGUGCUGCUGAAGUGGUGCGGAUACGUGACUCCUUCACUGUGCCAACGGACAAGUAGAACAUAGUGCAUCUUUUGCAGCAAGGGUCCCAACAGCCUCUUUGACCUGUAGACUAAAUGACUUAACCCACUCUAUCAGUGGUACACGGGGACCUCAGCCAUUCUAUCUAUUAAACUACAGGACAAACUCUCAAUGCUAAAUUGAAGGACUUUUUAUUUUUAUUUUGUCAUAAUAAAGUGACGUUAUCUAUUCCAACCUUUCUGGGUAGAUGUCCCGAUUUACUCUGAAGUCUAGUAUUUGGAGGACUACAGUGUCCCAUAAAUGGUUAUCUGGGCCAAAGGAUAUGACAUGACUGAAGAAGUGAGGUUGGAACCCUAUCCAAAGGGUGCUAUUGCUUCUGAGAAGCAGGGAGAACCAGUUUAACUGUGUGUGUGUGUGUGUGUGUGUGUGUGUGUGUGUGUGUGUGUGUGUGUGUGUGUGUGUGUGUGUGUGUUUGUGGGGGGGGUGCGCACAUAUAGGCCUGCCCAUGUGAGUGUGAGCAUGCAUGUAUGCAUAUAUUCUAACCAAUAAAUGGUUGAUCAAUAUAUAAUAAUCUCAUUGGUUUCCACCUGCAAUAUAAUGUGUACAUACAGUAUUCUGCAACUUCACAAUAAUGUCUUGUGUGUGUGUGCGCGCGUGCGUGUGCGUGCGUGUGUGUGUGUGCUUGUCUUCUGGGUCAAAUUUCGUUUUGUUUGUCACAACAAAAUGUAGAUUGCAGGGGGAAUUGUAUAGAGACAAAAUAUGACCAGUUGAUUGAUUGAAUCCAGAGGUAAAGAAUGUGUUGGCAGUAUGCAGUAUGAGAUGCAGGUAGACAGGAUGCUGUGGGAUGGCUGACGGAUAGAUAUCACACAGGGUUGUAGUGGAGGCAGGAAAGGAAAAAAUGGUAUCGGUGGCUGGCUCACCUAUAAGAAACGUUGUCACGGUGAAACAAGGGGCCUCAUUCACUUAACGGUCAAACAGAGUGUUCUCUUCACUCCCUUAUAAAGAGUAUUUCCACUCAUGUUCACUGCCUAUUGUUUUCAUGCUUGGAUACUACUAAUUAAUUUUAAAAAAAAUGUAAAAACAAUUUGUGGUCAAAGUCAUUUAUCAUUCAUAAGGUGACCUCUCUUGAAUGCCUAUAUAUAUCAACACAGAUACAGAGGAAAAAAAGUUUUACUACAUUGCAGUACAGGCCUGUUUCGUGCGUCGCGCACUCAUCAGCUGCUAAUGUCACACGAAACAGUACAGGCCUGUUUUGUGCAAUGCACGAAACAGGCCUGUACUGCAGUGUAGUAAAACUUUUUUUUUCUUCCUGUAACUGUGUUGAUAUUCCGCUCCUCAUUAGUUGAGCACUUAUAACACCAUUGACGUUUUUUUCCGAGACCGUUUUUCCUGUA